AUGCAGCAGCAGCAGCAGCAGCAGCAGCAGCAGCAGCAGCGACAGCAGCAAGUCAUGCAGCCAUUCACUCCCGCAGCAACAACAAAGACACCAGCAGCAGCGACUGCAGCAGCAGCAACAACAAAGGCACCAGCAGCAGCCGCAGCAGCAGCAACAACAAAGACACCAGCAGCAGCCGCAGCAGCAGCAACAGGACCAAAGGUGCAGCAGCAGCAGCAACAGCAGCAACAACGGCAACAAGAGCAGCAACAGCAACAGCAGCAACAAGAGCAGCAACAGCAACAGCAGCAACAAGAGCAGCAGCAACAACAGUGCCAGAGCAGCAGGAGAAGCAGCAACGAAGCCUUGUCAAGCCAGCAGCAGCAACAACAACAGCAGCAAAAAGAGCAGCAGCAGCAACAACAGCAGCAACAAAAAGAGCAGCAGCAGGCGGACUUGGCGCAGCAGUCGGAUAUUGAAGAGGAGCCAGUGUGGCGGCAUCUGCGAGCGGCGCAUGCAGAGCAGCAAGAGCAGCACUUUUCUGCCCUUGAGGCUGUGUGGGGCCCCCGUUGGGGCUUUAAGGGGGGUGCAGGGGUUUCUGGGGCUUUGUUUCAAGGCGACACGAAUUACCUUCGAAGACUUGUGCUAAGUUUGCUGCUCAUCAAGCAGGUGCACAAGACUUGCUCCGGGGGGUGA